AUGACUGAUAAAGUAGAGAUUGUACCAGCUGUUUUGUUAAAUAUCAGUGACCAUUAUACUCGUGAAAAAGUUGAAAAAAAUAACCCAAAGAUUCGUGUCCUUGGUGGUCUUCUUGGUUAAGUUGACGGUCGUAAACUUAAGAUUUUGUAAACUAUUGAAUUUAAAUAUGAGAUCAAUUAAAGCAAUCUCUAAAUUCAAUCAAUCGACUUUAACUUUAUCAAAUCAAGAGUUGACUUGUUUAAAUAAGACCUUAAAGAAAAUCUUUUCAAGGAUUACGAAUUUUUGGGAUGGUAUUCUGCAGGUGUUGGAUAAAAUCCCUAUCCUAAUGAUAUGAAAUUCUAAAAUUAAAUUAGUGAAAAUGUAUCAUCUAACCCCAUUUACUUAAUUAUGGAUACUGUCACAAGUAUGAAAGGUUAGACUGAUUUACCUGUAAAGCUCUUUGAAGUUAAGUAUGAGUAAGUUAUAGCAAGCGAUUAGCACAAGAAACACACUCAAGAAAGUUUUAUUGAGUUAAAUUAUGAUAUUCUAGCUAGCAAAGCAGAUACCAUCACAAUAGAAAGUGCUUCUAAGAGUUAUUCAAGUUCUGCCAAAUCCGUUUUUGCAGAGAAUCUUAAAAAUACUGUCAAUGCAGUUAAGAGAUUUUCUGAAAGAAUUGAAGGAAUCAUCAAGCUUCUUGAUACUCCUGCAGUUACAUAAAAUCCUUCAUUAUUACUUGAAUUAAAUUAAAUCUUAAGUUCUUUCCCUCAAUAAUACCACGAAACUUUAGAUGAAAAGAUGUUAGAACAUUUCUCAGAUGCUAAUAUCAUCUCUUUCUUGAGUGCCUUAGCAGCUGCAAACAGAAUUAUUUCAAACGUUAGUGAGCACAAAUCAGCAUUUAAAUAAUCAAAAAUGAAUAUGCUAUGA